AUGUCAGCGGCCGACAGCUACCCUGGACAUCCCACGCUCAUGCAACACCUCUCACGGAGUCCGGUCCGCGACCGUUGGACUUCCUGGAGUGACUGCGCCGCAAUUACGAAGAAACCCAAAGCUACGGGAUGCACCCCUUGUCACUGCAGCCAUGGAUACAAAGGCAGUGCACAAAUCAGCCCUGAGGCCGCUGAAUGGCGGAACAAUACAACGAAGCCAGGCGCGUCUUUCCAAGCCCUACCCAUCAGCUUGACAGGGUCUGUUCGCCUGUUGGCCAACACACACACUCCCUCUCUCUCGUGCCGCCAACAGAGACGCAAGAGCGGCGCCCCUUGUGUUUCCGGCUUCCCGCUAGCCAGUGAACACAGGCAAAGCGAACCCGAGUCCUCGCACUCGGGUCAACGUCAGCUACGGCUUGUCCGACCUUCCAUCCCUCUCGAAGUGUUACACCACGCACACGAACUUUCGACCACGCGAAGUUGGGCGGAUAGUCGGCUGCUUGCUUCAGAUUGCGAGAAUCUGGGGGUGUAUGCUCUGUAUGUAAGCGGCCAAGGGUAUUUCCUCCCUCCCCCACCCGCGUUCCUAUCGUGA